AUGCAUCAAAAGUACACCGACCGAAAAGGAAUGUGUUCAAAUGUAAAGUGCUCUGUAGGUAGGUACUUCUUGCGCGCAAAGAGCUGCCAUCGCGCGGUUAAAGACCAAGACGCUGCUCAUACAUCCAGUGGGACAAAAAAAUAUGAUGUAGCUAUAAUUGGUGGUGGAAUUGUUGGUACAGCAAGUGCAAGAGAAAUAAUUGGCCGUCAUCCUAAAUAUAAGAUGGUCCUUUUGGAAAAGGAAGAUCGUCUUGCAGUUCAUCAGACAGGCCACAACAGUGGAGUUCUUCAUUGUGGCAUUUAUUACACUCCCGGCUCUUUAAGAGCAAAAUUAUGUGUUCAGGGAAUUAAAUUAUUGUAUGACUAUUGUGAUGAAAAGAAAAUUCCAUAUAAAAAAUGUGGAAAAUUGAUUGUGGCUACAAAUGAAGAAGAAUUAAAAAGGCUAAAAGAUUUAUUUGAUCGUGGAAUUCAAAAUGGUGUACCUGAUCUACAAAUUUAUUGUCAGUCUGAAAUUCAUAAAAUAGAGCCUCAUUGUUGUGGUGUAGGUGCUAUAUAUUCACCUAUUACUGGCAUUGUUGAUUAUGCUAAAGUAACAGAAACAAUGGGAAAAGAUUUCAAACAAUGUGGUGGUGAGAUCAAGGUUAGCUUUCACGUUGACAAAUUUGAAGAUUCGAAAGAUCCACAAUAUCCAGUAAAGAUCACAUCUAAAAGUAAAGAAGUAGUGGAAGCGAAACAUGUUUUAGUAUGUGCUGGUCUAUUUUCUGAUCGUCUUGCUGUAAAGACAGGAUGUCCACGUAAUCCACAAAUAGUUCCUUUCCGUGGAGAGUAUCUAAUUCUUCUUCCACAGAAACGAAAUUUAGUUAAAGGAAAUAUUUACCCAGUCCCAGAUCCCAGAUUACCAUUUCUAGGAGUUCAUUGUACACCAAGAAUGGAUGGAAAUAUAUGGCUUGGUCCAAAUGCUGUAGUAGCUUUUAAACGUGAGGGCUAUAGAUGGAAGGAUAUUAAUAUAAGAGACACGUUAGAAAUGCUUACUCAUACUGGCUUCAUUAAAUUAACACUGAAAAAUUUGAUGUUUGGUUUUAAGGAAAUUUUGAGAUCUUGUUUUGUACCACUUCAAGUUGCUAAUCUGAAUAAAUUCCUACCGGAAUUAACAGAAUUAGAUGUCAAAAGAGGACCUGCUGGUGUCAGAGCUCAAGCUAUUGAUGCUAGUGGAAAGUUGGUUGAUGACUUCGUUUUUGAUAAGGCGAAAAAAAGGCCAUUUGAUCGAAUACUUCAUUGCAGAAAUGCACCUUCACCCGGUGCAACUAGUUCCAUGGCAAUAGCGAUAACAAUUGCUGAUAAAAUUGAUGAGCAAAUAGAAGAGGUGAAAAAGUGGGAAGAAAAACAGCGACAGAAAAAGGAAGAAUCAAUCUGCUGAAAAGAUUCUGACUUUUUGUAGUGAGGUAGUAAUUUAAAAAUAUUGUUUUAAAUGUUGAAAUACAUGCAUCAUACCAUAAUAGAAAAAUGUAAUGAGUUAGUUGCUCGUAAAAAAUAUUUUGUAUAUAAACAAGUUAAAGA